AUGCUAACGACGACGGCGAUGCAGGACGAGACAGAAAACAACCAGCAGCGAUGCGCCGGCAUGUAUAGCAGAGGCUCGUGGGGCGGGCCCGUCGAGCCCUUCAUCGAGGUUUUGUUCCCGUCGGAACUCCAGACGGACCAGGGCGAAGACCCCAUUGUCAGCCUCGUGAUAUUCGAGUACAAGGACCAAGACUACAUCGGCGUGUCGCCGCCCGGCGCCGAGCUCAGGAUCGGCAUCUGCGAGCCCAAGUACGUCGAGGCCGGCUACUGCAACGACACCGACAUUGGCGAGUUCAUCCUCGCCGAAAACGCCACCCAGAAGUCGACCAACUACAUCAUGACCAAGGCCGUGCACCUGAAGAAGGCCGUGCCCCUCAAGUACGAAAUCAAGAAGACGGGCUACUACUGUGUCUUCACCAAGCCCUACACGGCCGGCCAGUACCGGGCCGCCGUCACCUUCCGCAACGCCUACGGCGAGCUCCCUGCCUCCCAGAUCCCCAAGCUGCCCUUCUACGGCGGCGUAACGAUUCUCUAUGCUGUGGUGCUAGUGUUCUGGGGCUUCCUCUACUAUCAGCAUCGCUCUGACAUCUUGGCCGUGCAGAAUUAUAUAACAGCAAUUCUAAUCUUCCUCGUUGUCGAGAUGCUGAUGACGUGGGGUUUCUAUGACUAUCUCAACAUCCACGGAUCCGACGUCGGCGCCAAGGUGUUGCUGAUAAUCGUGGCCAUCCUCAAUGCCGCACGCAACUCGUUCUCUUUCUUCCUACUGCUUAUUGUCUGCAUGGGAUAUGGCGUGGUGAAGCCCACGCUCGGCCGCACCAUGGUCCAUGUGCGGUGGCUUGCCAUUGUCCACUUUUGCUUCGGCAUCGCCUACGCCGUCACGAGUUUGCUCGUCACGCCAGAUAACGCAGGUCCGUUUGUGCUGUUGAUUGUGCUACCAUUGGCCGGCACGUUGACGGCCUUCUACGUCUGGACUCUCAACUCGCUCAACUUCACGCUCAAGGAUCUCAAGGAGCGGAAGCAGCACGUCAAGGCAUCCAUGUAUAAGAAGCUGUGGUGGUGCAUCCUGAUCUCCAUCCUGGUCAUCUUCGCCUUCUUCUUCUUCAGCUCGUUCCAGGUGGCGUCAUCGCGGGAUCCCGACUUUGUGCCCUUCCACUGGAAGAGCCGGUGGUUCAUCCUCGACGGCUGGCUCAACCUGGUCUACUUUGCCGACGUGGCCUGGAUCGCCUACGUGUGGCGCCCCACGGCCAACAACCGCCGCUUUGCCAUGAGCGACGAGAUCGCCCAGGAAGACGACGGCACCUUUGAGAUUGCCAACCUCGAUAUUGGCGCGCCCGACGACUCGGACGACGACGAGGAGGCCAGCGUGGGCGUGCCCAAGCCGCAGAACGGGUCCUCGGCGCCCCGCUCCGGCGACCAGCAACAUUAUGCGCCGCCCUCGGGCGCGCCGCCGCAGAGGAGACCGAGCCCCCCGCGGGAUUCGUUCGACGGCGAGACCAUCUUUGCCGUCGGCGAAGACGGCGACAAGUUCUCGGACGACGAGGGCAGCGGGGAGGAGGCGGGGCUGGUCAAGGGAGGGCGAAAAUAG